AAUUCCAGGACACGCCCCCAAAAUAAUUGGGGGGAAACAAAAUCAUUUCGACCCUGGAAUCUCUCCCCGAGUUUUCAGGCUCGAGGGAUGAGGGAUCCAACGAUCCAUGCACAUGGUACGCAACAGUAGUUUUUCUACCUCAGACAGGUCCAAAGUCCAAAGCACUCUGAGAAAGCUUCUGAGAAGUACUGUACAAAAGCUCUUGCUAUGAUGGAAAUUGAAGCGUUGAAGCUUCUUUUCACUGGUCAGCUUGUAACACCACGGGCCAUCUCUUUUUCCAAGAAGCAAGCAAAGCAAUACAGCACGAUAAUAUCUGCAUGAUCGCAACCAGGGAGUGGGGAGCCCAGUGAAGCCAGCAUGAGAACAGAAGAGAAAGCCUACUAUCGAUCCAAAGCCUCAUCUUUCCGCCACAUCUAACUGUAAAAGCACGGCGCCACCUACUUUCGAAACCAUGGUCGCAAACAGUGUGACCAAAGCAAGCAUGAGAACAGAAGAGAAAGAACCAAGCAACGCGCUUCCAUCAAUCAGCUCAUCAAUCCAAGUCUCAUAUCUCCGCCACAUCUGACUGCCAACGUAUUGUUGUGGCUGCUUAGUGCUUAGGAACGUUGAUGGUUUUUGAGCAAGUUGUUGUUUUUGGUGCAAACAGGCCGCCGUCCGAGUAGUACAUACAUUUACCAGGCAGUACUUGCUUCCAACGGAACUUGACAUCUGGCUGCUUUUCCAAAAUACGGGCCACGUUGUGAUGGCUUUACUGGCGUGCUACACCAAUGAGUCGAGUCGUUAAAGAACACCCUUUGACAUCCGCUUUUCCACCCUACACUACUAGUUCCUUACGAUUGUGCUCUAUUGGUCUACCGGUACCUGUUACUAUCGAUCGGUAACUAGAUCCAUCCAACAGGAGUAGUUGCCGUAUUGUACUUACUAGUAGGAACGCUGAUGGUUGAGGCUGAUGUUUUUGGGGGACAAACAGGCUCGGCCCGAUGCAGACUUACUUGCUGUCUCAAAACCUCUAUGACAUAAAGGAAACUACCGCGCCGGUACUAAGGCGCCGGUACUAAGGCGCCAGCAGUUCCGUUUUCCCUUUUCCGUAUGUACCGUGUACCGUGUACCUGUACCCCAAUCCCCACCCGUUAAAGACUGGAAAGAUGCUGCCACCCACGACCGAUCCUUCCCAGCCCAGCCCACUUACAGUGUGAUACUCGGCUCACACUUUGCCACAUAUCUUUUGACCCUCCAACACAACACACACACAAAAAGACAAAAUGGACUCUAUUUUGAUGAGCAACAACAACGACAUGAAUGAGAGCAACGACACGUUCCUGAAUGAUGACAGCAUUCGUCUGGAUUGCUCCAUCAUGGCAUUUGAACCCGAAGACGUGGAAACCGCCAAUGAAUUGGUCCACUCAUACCGGUACCGUCAAAUGUGGCAAAAGAAAGUGUCUCCUCUCUCAUACAAAGAUGAUACCAGUAAACCAGUGGACAAGGCUAGUAAAGCAGUGGAAAAGAGCCUUGUUCGACCCAGCCGUGCCAACAUGGAAGAUACCUUCAUGGCUGAUGAAGAGGACGAUGACUGCGGUGACGAAGAACAUGCAACUCCCAUGCCCUCCAAGAAGAUUCUAUGGGGAGAUUUGAUCAGCAGCAUGCCUUCCAGCUCACUUGACUUACCUACCUCCAGUUCGGUUCAUCAAUACCUCGAAGAACACAACAAGGAUAGCCAGUCCUCUGUCUACAAGGCAAUGGCCUCGAAAAUCAUGAUCCACACUGUCAUCUACAUGGGACGCAAGCUUCAUGCCGAUGGCAUGGGCAGUGUUGUUGUUCCUCAAACCUCCAACACUCACUUUUCUCUCGAGCCAGAAUCUCCCUCUUCCUUUGUCACUCGCAUGGGACUCUCUUGGAGCAGCACCAGCACGAGUCUGCACGACGAACCCGAAGAAGAUGCCAAGGACUACCUCAGUAACCUCAGUGAUUCUGAUUUCUCUCUAUUGAAAGCCUCGCUGCGAAAAAAAGGCACCCUCACUGGCUUGUGCACCCAGCAAAUCAUGUACAUUGCUGCCGCCACCGCUGCUGCCGCCAGCAACAAGGCACCAUCUCACAAACGACGAGGAUCCUCCUCCUCCUCCUCCAACAACAAGUGGGGACAAUUGCCUUUUUGUCCGUCUAUUGUCGCCGCCACUGCCCCCGAUUCGGACGACGAACAAUGCCGGACCACUUUUUCAUCAGUCAACGCGAGGAUUAAGCCCAAGGUUCCGCCAUGGUUGACAAAGGCAAAGUCAUUUUCACCUUUUACAGAAAUGUUUUUAGCUAAACCAACUACCCCAGGUUACCCUGUUAGCUCGUUGGCGCCUGCUGAGUUGCUCUAGCUAGUUUUCGUUCACGUGUGGCCGGUGAGCGGACUUGACUGUGGGAAAUACCCGGGCCUCGGCUCGUGGGUUGUCCUCAAGCACAGCUUGUCUGAAUCUGUUACUAAUAAUAGACUUUUAUUUUUUUUA